GCGCCUGUGAAGAUGAUCGGACUAAAGUGUUUGUGCCUGUGAGUAAAUUUACUAGAUGCAAUCAAUGGACAAGAUUACUUUCAGUUCUAGGAACUGGCAGAGCUAAUUACGUUUGCAAUUUACUUUGCCACUUGAGAACUUGCUGAUCCAUCGUUGCGCAAUGCAUUUUAUGAGGUUGUGAGGUCAGUGAUUUCGAUCUCAUUCCCCUCAUAGUGAGGGUUUUGGGUUCUUCGAGUGCAUCUACAACUCAAAUGGUAGCCAUUUACCGGUAUAACAUGACCAUGUCCCCAUUCCCAAGUGGAAAUACAAGAUAAUCGUUGUUAGUCACAACUUGAUUGGUGUUUGCUGAUUGACUUGGAUGAUUUCUUAUUAAUAGCAAUUGAUUAGACAAUAAAGAUUACAUGAACCACAACCAAACAAGUAGUAUAACACCAACCGCUUAUCAAAAAAGUUAAACGCUAUGAAAUUAACCGAUAAGGAAAAACUAAAAAUCCAAACAGACCGAAAUUGGAAUACUCUGCCUUAACUGAUGGAAAAGUUAAAAGAUGUGGUAAAGCUCAUUUUACCGAGUAACUAGUUUAAAAGAAGGUGGAUUGCGAAUCAAUAAAAAUACAUAAUUAUUAUAUACAACAAUUUGAAUCCCAAAGUGAUCUUCAUUUAAUAAGCUUUAAUGAGUGGGUAUAAAAACAGUUCUAAGCUUUUGGCGAUCCUCAGUUUUGAAACGAAGCUUGAACUGUUGAAAUGCGCGAUCCAAAUUUUCUUCGGCUGAUUAUAAGUCUCAUUUUCUUUUUUGGAAAUGCUACGGCUAUGUGUUACAUUGAUAUGAACGUUUUGACGUCCAACUACGUAGUCUUCAGCACAACCACCGGUGUCUUUGAUAUCCUAACCAGCGAUAUUGUGGCCACCAGGAGUGUAAUUUAUUUGGUCUGCGAUGAUGCAACACCGCCUAUACAGUUGGUUUGUCAGCCGAAUGGUAGAUUCAAUGGGCCAUUUCCCAGAGCCGGCUGCAGAAACCCUUUAAAGCCCCUUGUUGAACAAGUAGCAGAUACCUCUUGUCCUAAAACCAUGUACCGUGUGGGUUACAGGAUGCAGGAUAGGUUUAUGGAGCUCUAUCGUAGUUGUUACGAUAGUGUAAGUUACGCAGCGCAGUUCGCCGUCAACAAGAUUUACCCCAGCAAACACUCCGCUCAGCGUCAGCCUAAAGCGUUUACGUCCGAUGGAGCGAUGACCGCAAGAGCCGCUGCUGCCUACCAAGUUUCCAGAAUCCAGGAUCGAUUUGUUGAAGUUCUUGGUCCGAGGCAAAAAUAUGUGGUAACAUCAAGCAAUCCAUUCCAUCAUGGUCACCUCGCACCGAGCGGUGACUACUCGUUUGAUCAGCUCCAGAAGGCGACUAACAAGUUGAGAAACGUUGUUCCCCAGUAUUCCAACAUUAACAACGGUAACUGGAAGAGGAUCGAGUUCUGGGUGAAAAAACUUCUGGCUAGGCAUAGAUUCGAUGUCCUGCAGGUCGUCACCGGGGCACUGGGAGUGCACAGCUUGGCAAGUGACGCUGGUGUCAUGACCCCGAUGUACUUGUUGAACGGCGACAAGAUCCCGGUUCCGGAGUGGAUGUACAAAGUCGUUAGCCAUUCCUCCGGUCAAAAGUGGGUAAUAUUAACCUACAACGACGGAUGGUCUACUGAAAGGCCGAACCCAGGAGCCAUAUGCCAGGAAAUCCCAUGUGACUCUGAUCUGAAACUCAGUGGUGCGGGUUUUACGUUCUGCUGCCAGCCCGAUGGGUUUAUUAACAAAAACGUUCCACAUUUAAAGGGUGUUUUCUAAGGAGAUCCUUGAAAUACGGUGAAUGAUAUAAUCAUAUGCCUAUUAUGCAAGUAAAGGAAACAAUAAAAAGCUUAAAGUAAUUGUAA